AUGGCACUGAUAAAAAGAGGUGCCCGUAAGAAAACUAGUCAAGCGCCAGAAAAGAGAUCUGCUAAGAUCAAAAAGGCCACUUUUGACGCUACCAAGAAAAAAGAGGUCGGUGUGUCUGACUUAACUUUGCUGUCUACGAUUUCCGAUGAAUCUAUCAACGAUAACUUGAAGAAAAGGUUUUUGAACGGUUCUAUUUAUACCUAUAUUGGACAUGUGCUGAUCAGUGUCAAUCCUUUCCGUGAUCUCGGAAUAUACACAGCAGCCGUCCUCGAAAGUUAUAGAGGGAAGAACAGACUGGAGGUGCCUCCCCAUGUUUUUGCGAUUGCAGAAGCGAUGUAUUAUAACAUGAAAUCCUAUAACACCAAUCAAUGUGUUAUCAUAUCGGGUGAGUCUGGUGCUGGUAAGACAGAAGCUGCCAAGCGAAUCAUGCAGUAUAUUGCAGCUGCCUCCACCUCUCAUUCUGAGUCAAUCGGGAAGAUCAAAGAUAUGGUUUUGGCCACCAAUCCAUUGCUAGAGGCAUUUGGCUGUGCCAAGACUUUGAGGAACAACAAUUCUUCUAGACAUGGGAAAUAUUUGGAAAUCAAGUUUAACUCACAAUUCGAACCAUGUGCCGGUAAUAUCACCAAUUACCUGCUAGAAAAGCAAAGAGUUGUUAGUCAGAUUAAGAAUGAAAGAAACUUUCACAUUUUCUACCAAUUUACAAAGGGCGCAUCGGAUGCCUAUAGGCAAACGUUUGGUGUCCAGAAACCAGAGCAGUACAUUUACACAUCGGCAUCUGGCUGUACGUCGGUGGACAAUAUGGACGACGUCAAAGAAUUCGGCGAAACUUUGAAGGCCAUGCAAAUUAUUGGGUUGUCCCAGGAGGAACAAGAUCAAAUUUUCAGGGUUCUGUCGUCGAUCUUGUGGAUUGGUAAUAUCACCUUUGCUGAAAAUGAAGAGGGUAGUGCAGCAGUUAGAGAUACAUCGGUGACAGACUUUGUCGCUUAUUUGCUGCAGAUUGAUGCUGCAUUGUUGACCCAAUCUCUAGUGGAAAGGACUAUGGAAACGAACCAUGGUAUGAGAAGAGGAUCUAUUUACCAUGUCCCAUUGAAUGUUGUACAGGCCACCGCAGUCAGAGAUGCAUUGGCGAAAGCUAUCUAUAACAAUCUAUUUGAUUGGAUUGUUGAUAGAGUCAACGUUUCUUUGCAGGCAUACCCAGGUGCUGACAAGUCUAUUGGUAUUUUGGAUAUUUAUGGGUUCGAGAUUUUUGAACACAACUCGUUCGAACAAAUAUGUAUCAACUACGUGAAUGAGAAGUUGCAGCAAAUCUUCAUCCAACUAACGUUGAAACAAGAACAGGAAACCUACGAAAAAGAACAGAUUGAAUGGACACCUAUCAAGUAUUUCGACAACAAGGUUGUUUGUGAUUUGAUUGAAGCAAAAAGACCACCCGGUAUAUUUGCUGCAAUGAACGAUUCGGUAGCAACGGCACAUGCAGACUCCAAUGCAGCAGAUCAAGCGUUUGCUCAGCGUCUGAAUCUGUUUAGUACAAACCCAUAUUUUGAGUUGAGACAGAACAAAUUUGUGAUCAAACAUUACGCUGGUGACGUCACGUACGAUAUCAACGGUAUAACUGAUAAAAAUAAAGAUCAGCUGCAAAAGGACUUGAUCGAACUGAUGGGUACAACUCAAAACCCAUUUAUUCACACGAUCUUCCCAGCGGAAAUUGAUAAGGACUCCAAAAAAAGACCUCCUACUGCCGGUGACAAAAUCAUCAAAAGUGCAAAUGAACUGGUUGAAACUUUGUCGAAAGCGGAACCAUCUUACAUCAGAACGAUCAAACCCAAUGAAACAAAAUCUCCUACUGACUAUGACAACCAUCGAGUCUUGCAUCAGGUCAAGUACUUGGGUUUACAAGAAAAUGUUAGGAUCAGAAGAGCUGGGUUUGCGUACAGACAAACUUUCGAUAAAUUUGUGGAGCGUUUCUAUUUGUUGUCGCCUCACUGUUCGUAUGCUGGUGAUUAUACAUGGCAGGGCGAAACAUUGGAUGCUGUUAAACAUAUCUUAAUUGAUACAGCUAUUCCGCAAAAGGAGUACCAGCUCGGUACAACUUCCGUUUUUAUCAAAACGCCAGAAACCCUAUUUGCUCUGGAGCACAUGAGGGAUAGAUACUGGCAUAACAUGGCCGCAAGGAUCCAACGUGCAUGGAGAAGAUUCUUACAAAGAAGAAUUGAUGCCGCAAUUAGAAUUCAAAGGAUUAUCAGAGAGAAAAAGGAUGGUAACAAGUAUGAAAAGUUGCGGGACUACGGUUCGUCACUGUUAGGCGGACAGAAGGAGAGAAGAACAAUGUCGUUAUUGGGCUAUAGGGCUUUUAUGGGUGAUUACCUCUCCUGUAACGAAUCAAAAACCAAGGGUUCCUAUAUCAAAAGACAAGCGGGGAUCAAAGAAAGGGUUGUCUUUUCUUUUACUGGUGAAGCUUUGCACUCGAAAUUUGGUAGGUCUGCACAGAGGUUACCGAAGACUUUCAUCGUUACUCCAACAAAGUUUUACAUUGUUGCACAGGCUAUGCUUCAAAACUCCAUGAACUACGCUGCUGAGUAUGUUAUAGAUAUCAAGACGAUCAAGCAACUGAAUAUGUCAAAUUUGCAAGAUGGAUGGAUUGGCGUUGUUCUGGCCAACUCUCAACAACCUGACCCCUUCAUUUGUACCGACUUCAAGACUGAGCUGGUUACACACUUGAAAAAACAAAACAACAACAUCCAUAUCAAGUGUGGUACUACUAUUGAAUAUCAAAAGAAGCCUGGGAAGCGCCACCUUGUGAGGAGUACCGUUAGCGAAACUGCCCCCAAAUACGGUGACAUCUACAAAUCAAGCACCAUCUACGUGCGUAAGGGACACUCCCCUGGCUCCAAGCAGCACAAGAAGCCAAAGGGUAAACCGGGCGUAUAUUCAGCUGGACCUGUGCGUAGCUCAAACAGUAGAAAAGCCACGCUAGACCCAAGUGCGUCUGGAGCGUCUGCCCCUGUUGCGCACCAAUCAAGGCCUGCUGCCCCAGUUCCCAGAACCACCUCGAAAAAACCUGCGCCUCCCCCACCAGGUGCCCAGGGCCAAUCAUUAGCUGCUGUUGCUGCGCAAGCUGCAUACCACCCCAAUGGCGGAGUACCGGCGAGGACACCAUCCACUGCGCAUAGACCUCAGCCACCACAGCCCCAAAGUCGCAGCACUAAUACUAAAAAACCUGCCCCACAACCACCAGUACCACAGCAACAGAAGCACCCGCAGCCAACACCGGCUGUCGCUCCGACCCCUGUAAAAGCUAAUGCUAACCAGGGCGGAUCGAUCCCACCCCCCCCACCUCCACCACCUCCCGCUGCAAAACCAUCAGAACCAAUGUUUGAAGCUGCAUACGACUUCCCCGGCUCAGGUGCUCCAUCUGAACUACCACUAAAGAAAGGUGACGUUGUCUACGUGACCAGACAAGAAGCAAGCGGGUGGUCGUUAGGUAAGACGCUCGAUGGAUCUAGACAAGGUUGGGUCCCAACAGCGUAUAUGGUUGAACACACGGGGUCGAGAGGUGGCACCGUCACACCAUCACCAACCCCGGCAGCAGCUGUAGCUCAACCUGCUGUCAGUGAGCCGGCAAUUGCGCAACCCGCGACUGCUCAGCCAAGCUUCAGCGAUGGGCUGGCGUCUGCACUUGCUGCCAGAGCGAACAAGAUGAGAUCUGAGAGUGAUGAAGAGGCUGCUCAAGAGGAUGACGAAGAUGAUGAUUGGUAA